AUGGACUACAUUUCCCAUCGGCCACCGCGGCCUCGGCCUCGGAGUCCGAAGGCUGCAUCCGGGCUCCGAGGAAGGCCCAGAGGCCGGGCGGCGAUGGCGGCCUCCUGCGCCGAGAUCCUGCGGAGGGAGUUCCCGGAACUCGACGGGGAGAUGUUCGAUUACGUGACCGGUGAGGCUGAGGCGAGGGCGGAGCGGGGGGGCCUGGGCUGCGGGGGGCGCGGCGUCUUUCUCCUCAGCACAGCCGAGACCAGCCGGGCUCCCUCAGCGUGGCUGUCCCCGGCUUCCCUCCGCAAGGCUGAGGUGGCCAUGCCGAGGGAAGGCGGGCGGCGGGCGGCGCGAGGAAGCGAAGCGGGUCCUUGGCUCUCCGCUCCUUCUUCGACUCUGGCCUCCCCUCAUGUCGGCUGGGUGGGAUGCGAGGCCCCUAUGCGGGUGUGUGUCAUGGGCGUAGCCAGGACUUUGGGGGGGGGGCAUGACUUCGUGGGGGGGGGGCACAACCGGCGUAACUGGUCAAUUAGUUAUUUCUAUUGUUUUACUUGAUGGGGUGCCCCCCUCUGCCACCACCCCCUUAGCUACACCCAUGGUGUGUGUAUGUGUGUGUGUGUUAUCUGGAACGAAGGUCCCAGGUAAUGACACCCAUAUAUCAUAUAUUUCAUUCUCAUAUAUAUAUGUGUGUGUGUUUGUGUGCGCGUGUGCGCGCAUAUCAAUAUCCAUACAUAUGUGUGUCUAUACAUAUACACAUGCAUAUACAUACACACACACACGCACACACACACAGUAGUCACACGAUUGCUCAAACCGCCACAAGGCUUCUUAAAGCUGGAAACAUGCUUUAUAAAACGUGCCCACCCCCUUGCAAAUCUGUCUUUCAAUAAUAAUUUUAAAAACCUUUCUGCAUCCCAAGAACCUUUGCUGCUCCUGCACAUUGCCUACUCAGAAGUAACUCCUGUUUGGUUCAGUGGGCAAUCCAAGGAAUCAAGCGCCUUCUCCCCAAAUUUGAGCCUAAAGAGAAACUUGUGGUUCAGGCUGAGGGCCUGUCAGCCACCCAGUUUAACAAAUCAGCAACGCCACCUACAGUGGUGCCCCGCAAGACGAAUGCCUCGCAAGACGAAAAACUCGCUAGACGAAAGAGUUUUCUGUUUUUUGAGUCGUUCCGCAAGACGAAUUUCCCUAUGGGCUUGCUUCGCAAGACGAAACGUCUUGCGAGUUUGUUUCCUUUUUCUUAAAGCCGCUAAACCGUUAAUAGCCGCUAAGCCGCUAAUAGCCGCUAAGCCGCUAAUAGCCGUGCUUUGCAAGAUGAAAAAACCGCAAGACGAAGAGACUUGCGGAACGGAUUAAUUUCGUCUUGCGAGGCACCACUGUACCUUGUUUGGAAACCAGUCAAGUGACAGAUAUAUAUAUUUCAAUGAGUUAAUUGGGCGGGGGGGGUUGAGGGGGUCUCCAAAGGUAACGGCAGACUUGUUGUUAAAUGACAGGCAAGAAAUUAUUAUUGCAUACUGUACAGUAUUUAUUUAUUUUUCCUUGGGGCUCAUGACAGCUUGCAUAUAAAAAUGAGAACCGGCUAAACGAGAACCAUGAGGGGAAAAUCAUUUUAAAAACCAACACUAUUAGAAGUAGAAUAUAUAUACAGUGGUACCUCGGGUUACAUACGCUUCAGGUUACAUAUGCUUCAGGUUACACACUCCACUAAGCCAGAAAUAGUGCUUCAGGUUAAGAACUUUGCUUCAGGAUAAGAACAGAAAUCGGGCUCCGGUGGCAGCAGGAGGCCCCAUUAGCUAAAGUGGUACUUCAGGUUAAGAACAGUUUCAGGUUAAGAAUGGACCUCCGGAACCCGAGGUACCACUGUACAAGUAAAGUAUAUAUGGUAUAGUAAUAUAUGCAUAUGUGUGUGUGUGUGUGUGUGUGUGUGUCUGUGUGUGUGUGUUAUAUGUAUAUGCUUGGAAAAAUCUAUUGGAACCAUGCAAACAAUCAUAAUUAAAAACAGUACAGCACCAGCCCUUUCAUUGAAAGCAGUCAGUUCCUAAAAGCCUGUUUGAACAAAAAAGUCUUCACCUGCCAGCUUCACCAUUUUCAGCCUGAGGCGAGCACCCAAGGGCCACAUACCAGUGGUGGGGCAGGCCAGAGGCAAAAGUCGGCAGAGCAGAAAAUAGAUCAUGGGCUGCUUAUUAACAGGCUUUAGUCUUAGGUCAGUGGUUCAGGAUUUCUAUCCAACUAGACAUGUUUAAAGGAAGCAAACUUUACUCUUAUUUAUUUCAGUUUCAGCCCUGAUCCUAAACAUGCUUAUGUGGAAAUAAGCCCAAUAGAUUUCAACUGGAUUUACAUCCAGAUAAGUCGUCGUCUUCUUCUUCUUCGGCGAUCAUAAGUAUGCCUAGUGUUGCAGCUUUGAUACAUCACCUCAUCUCUGAAGCCUUGAAUCCAUUCUUUCCCUGAUUGGGACUCAGAGUUCCAGAAUGAUGAAACAUUUUGCCUGUUCUUUAUCCUCCUACUUCCUUUCUCCUUUCCUUUCAAGGUCUAGGAAGGUAUUUUUCUGGGAAACCAUCACAGGGUAUGGAUCAGCCCAAGGCCCAGAGGCUGCUUCACAAACUGAGGUGUGGUGUGUGGGCAACAUUGUAUGAGGGAAGAAUAAAUCGCAUGGUUGACCCCACCCCCAUUACAAACCACAUAGUCAAGAUCACACUUGUUUCUCUCUGGAUUAAGUAACUUUUCUUUGGUUUCAUUUCCCAAGCAGUGUCACAGGAAGGAUCAUAGAAUGAUAGAAUCGUAGAGUUGGAAGGGACCACGAGGAUCAUGUAGUUCAACCCCAUGCAAAUCAGGAAUCUUUGGCCCAGAGUGGGGCUCAAACCCAUGACCUUAAUAAAUUGAAUUACUGCUUACUAACAGACUUGAGUCUUAGGUCAAUGGUUCAGGAGUUCCAUUCAGCAAAAGUGUAUAUCCACCUAUGCAAAUUUAAGGGAAGCAAACUUUAAUCUGCAAUACCCAGCUAUCCUCUUUCUCUACCCCUUUCAAGUCAUGAAGAGUAAAUUCUGUGGCCAUGUUGUUCAACUAAAAUUGUUCUCCCCCAAAUAAUAAUCUGUGAGAAGCUCAGCAACACUGUCUAGGCAGGAUAGGAUUGGAGAAGCUUAAAGACAGUAAGACCUCCUUCCUCAGGCAUUUUCACUGAAAAGGUGAAGAGGGAAGUAUUUUACUCAUAUCCCAGUUGGUUGGGAAUUUUCUCUUCCUAUCACUGGAAAACUUUGUCCGUAGAACAUGAGACUCAUAAUCUCAGGAUCAUAGGUUUGAGCCCCACAUUCGGCAAAAGAUUCCUGAGAAUUCUGUGAUUCUCUGAGAUGAGUGAUCAUGAAACUCCCCUUGUAUUCCCAAGCAACAAUUUUGUUGUCUGACAGCAUGGUGUGGGAAAGUCAUCCAACUAAAGGUUCUUUGGUCAUGCAAGAGGUGAAGUAAAUGUUUAGUUAUUUAUUUAAAAGAUUUAUGAACCACUCACAUAAAAUAUCAGAGUAUAAACUAUGCGCCAGGUUGGAACGUUGGCCCUAUUCUUACUGGUAGCUGACCAAGCCCAAAGGAACGGCAAGGGACUUGGCCAUGCAUUAACGGUGCCUUGCAUUCCUUUCACAGGGGUCCUGCACAGCGGCAGCUCAGACUUUGAGUCAGUGGAUGAUCUGUUUGAAGCGGUCGGGGAGCUCUUGCAAGAUGUGGCCAGAGACUCGAAGGACGAUGAGGACAUCCGUGCUAUCUGCCAGCGGAUGUACAACACUCUCCAUAUGUAUGCUCCCUUUGACUGAUACUGAGUGGGUGAAGCUGAGAGCAGGCAGAGGGGACCAAACAAAUGGCAAUAAUGCAGCCAGUGGGGAUCUAGAUUAUGCAGAGAUUGCAGGGCUCUGGCAGCUCCUGGUUUUAGGCAUGUUUCCUUUUCUAUUGCUUUCCCAGGGUUUGAGGGCAGGAUAUUGGACUGUGUGACUGUUGUUUUCAUCGUAUGAGGCUGUUUCUGUGAGAAGUAUUAAUAAUGACUGAGAGAGAAAUUUUUUUUAGGGUCUCUUAGCUAAUUAUCUUGUGUCUGGCAGGGACAGCGAAAACUCCCAGGGUAGCAGGCAGGUGCUCCUGGAUGCUCCCAUUCAGCUUUCGAAGAUCACAGACAAUUAUGGUGAGUAGCACUGGCAGAAGGGCCUGUCGCAUCUGGGCUCCCCUACUGGAUCAGACCAGGGAUCCAUACAGUGGCUGGCUAGAUAGUGGUGCAUGAAGGCAGUAGUUUGCCUGCCCCCCUCCCCUGUCCACAUGCAACAGGUAUACUGUCUUUAGAUCUGGCGGUUCUGUUUAGCUGUCAUUGGAUAGUAGUUGUUGAUCAGUCUUCUGCUUAAUUUUGAUUUUUUUUUAAAAAAAUUAAAGCCUCCUAAGCUUAUUAUAAUUCUUUGCUGCAGUAAAAUUUGGCUCCUGCAGCCAAACUGGUUUUAAAUGUAUUUCUCUGUUUUCCUUUGGACCACGUCAGUGAGACUGGGAAGCCCAGGAUCUCCAUGUUCACUGCCCAGACUUCCACCCCAGAGAGGUCACUGUGGCUUUGCUAAUACAGCAGUUUGACUUUACUGCCAAAGGCAUACUCCAUUGUCUCUCAACAGACAGGUGCCAACAAUGCAACAACAAUACCAACUACGCUGCUUUAUUAAGCAGGGUACAGUGGAGGAAGGGACUGUAUUGGUGCUGAAGAUCUUUCACUGCUCUCUUGCUUGAUUUCAGAUUCUGGCUUGGAUGUGCUGCCAGGGCUGAUGUUGAAGAGAGAUCAGAACUCGGUAAGCGAACCAGAGCUGGAGGGUCAGUUGACUCCAAGCUGCUGAGCCAGCUAAGGCUAUAUUGUUAGGGUAGCAAGGACCCCUUUGCUCUCUAGAUCAGGGGUGGCCCACAUGGUCCCUCCAGGUGUUGCUGGACUGCAGCUCCCAUCAUCCCUGACCAUUGGCCAUGCUUCCUGGGCUGAUGAGAAUUGAAAUUCAACGUUUGGAGGACACCACCUUGCUUACCACUGGCAUAUUGCAUCCUGGCUUCCUCUGUCUCCCUCUGCUCCAUUUCAGUCCAUAUAUUCCAUUCUGCAGUGUGCUGCAGUUGGGUGGAAUGGGAGGUAGCAUAACUGUGCUGGGGCGGGGGGCGCAACCUAAUCCCAGUGACUCAACCUCUGAUGCUUCUUUCUCCCUCGCUUGCACUGCAGAUAGUGAAUGCCAAGAAGCUGGAGAAAGCAGAGGCUCGCCUCAAAGCAAAGCAGACUAAGAAGCAGGACCGAGAUUCUAUGAAGUCUGGAAGCCCAUUGUGAGUGAAAAGUCUUGUCAACCUUGAGCAGGGAGGGCAUGGUUCCUGCUUCUCAGACCCCACGGGAGAUUCCUAGGAGGCUGGCAGCAAAAACUUCAAAAUUCCUGGAGCUGGAUAUCGUAGACAUGUGCAAAAAUUGUGCUGCCAGAGCUGGUUAUCUUGCCUUGUAUUUUUUGGGUAGACUCAGCUGAUCAAAGGUGCUUGCAGAGAGCGCUGUGUGUUGGAGCAACAAGUACCUCACCAAGGGCUUUGCAAGUGCCACCAAUCUGCAGUUCUCUUUUUGGCCCAGCUAUUAGUUUGGGCGUGGUUUGGUCAAAAUGGCUUGGUGGGCCAAAUAGGGAGGCUGGUGAGCCAGAGGUUCUCUGCUUCUGGCCUAGAGUCCUUAUGCACAGGGUGGAGGAAAUACUGACCCAGUGGAUGUGCCAGGAGGCAAGGAGACUCUGGGGAAGAUAGAGUUGGCUGGCUGCUUUUCAAUACAAAAUUACAUCCUCAGGGUCCUUGGGAGUUUUCCGUCUCUCAAAAUACUAGGUCUCAGGGCCACCAAAUGAAACUAUUCUUCUCCCUAUCCACAUAGAAAACUACUGUGCCAGGGAGAUGGGUUCUAGCCUACAUACAAGAAUCAAGUUUUCAUGGUAGGAGUAAGGCAUUCCAAAUAAUGGGAAGAAAUGUUUGCCUUCCCCUGCUUUAAUGGUCCCUUUUGUUUGUUGCCUGAUGUCAGGGUGCUUGAAGAAGCAUCUGCCAGCCAAGCAGCCAGCAAGAAGGAAACUCGUCUCGAGACAUCAGGCAAGAACAAAUCCUACGAUGUACGCAUUGAGAACUUCGACGUGUCCUUCGGUGAGCGGUGAGUGCUUGCAGGCUGAUGGGCACCCAGAGUUUGUGGGGUAGACAUGCCUGUCAGCUGUGAAUGGGAACCUCUGAAAUGGCAGGUGGUGCUCAGGUUGUUGCCAGGCUUGUCCAUGGGGCUGCCUGUAUGCAGUUAUAGUUUAAAAAACAUGAUCAAUGACUGGAACUGAGCAUUGAACAUCUUACUAAUGCUGAAACAGCCUUUUUCUUGUUGCAAUUCAAAGUGCCGGCAGUUAUCCUGUUAGAACUCUACCUGGCUUGAGAGCUGGGGAAUUUCUAUUUUGGUGUCUGUCCGCCUGCCUGUAUACUUGGGCAGUCUUUGAAGGCUCUCCUCUGGGUGCCCUUACUGUCUAAAAUGAUGGGUAGCAACUGAGGACAGGGCCUUUGUGGUAGUGGCUCCCCAAUUAUGAAAUGCUUUCCCCAGAGAGCCUGAUCUAGCACCUUUUAUAAUGUGUCUUUUGUGCUGGGCAUAGAGCAUUUUAUUUUCCAAGGCCUUCAAUAUCUUUUACCGCUCCUGUUUCUCCUUGCUUUUAUCUCUUCUGUUGCUGUUGUGUUAUUUGCAUGUUAUGGCUUUUAGCUAUUGCAGGAAUGUUUUACACCGAAGGGUGAGGUACACAUUUAUAAAAUAGUAUGUUUGGAAGUUGUUGGAAGCUUGGGAGGCCAGGAGGUAUUUGACAGAAUACUAGCUGUGAUGGCUAAGUUCUGCCUCUGUAGUUGAAGGCAGAAGGAAGUCCAGCGCUGGGUGGUGUGAUGGCUGGAUUUAUGCUACUUGUGAGCAGAAACUAAAAGCAAAGCAGUAGAAAGGGGGUGGGGAGAGAGAGAGAGAGAGAGAGAGAGCUUCCUAAGCUAGCCUACUUGUAGCUCUACCCACAAGGUGUUGACACUCUGCCUCAUCUGCUUCCCAUGCUUUCUGUAGUUUGGGAGGACAGCAACCUGCUUUGUGCAGAGACUCCAAUGGGCCGGUAACACUGACUGUUAUAAGGGUCUGUGUGUUCUCUCCUUUCAGUGUUCUCCUCACUGGUGCAGACUUGAACCUGGCAUAUGGCCGGCGAUAUGGCCUGGUGGGCCGGAACGGGUUGGGCAAAACGACGUUGUUGAAGAUGAUUGCCAGCAGUAACUUGCGCAUACCCUCACACAUUAGCAUCCUCCAUGUGGAGCAGGAAGUGGCGGGGGAUGAUACGCCAGCCCUGCAGAGCGUGCUAGAGUGCGAUACCACCCGCGAGAGUCUGCUGAAGGAGGAGAAGGAGCUGACAGCCCGAGUCAAUUCUGGAAGGUAAACCUAGUCUUGAUGCUACCUUCCCAAAUUUCUUAGCUCAGACAUAAGCAUCCUCUGGUACCGAGCGGACCUUCUCUUACCACCCAGAAAACUGACACACUGUUCUUAUGUCCUGUUUCAGGGGAGAAGGCACUGAAGGCGCUCGACUGUCAGAAAUCUAUGCCAGGCUAGAAGAGAUUGAGGCAGACAAGGCCCCAGCAAGGUAAGAUGCCACUCAUUUUAGUUGUGGCAAAUGCAUAUCUUCAGCCAUUUGCUUAGUUGUCUAUUAGAUGUCAAAGACAGAAAUUUUCUGAAUGGCUGCCAGGAUUUGGGAUGUAUGAUGUUCUAAACCCUGGCUUUCAAAUCCAGUUAGGAGGUGCAGUCCUUUGCCGGGCUUAUGUCAGUAGGUUGCUUGAUGGGGCACCUGUCAACAACCUCAGGGCUGAGGUGAACACACCAUGAAUUUGGCUUCUGACCUUGCUGAUCUGCCCAUAAAUUGACCAUGAUCUGCCCUUGGUGUCCCAUGCUGGUCUCCAGCUCUGGUGGAAUCGAACAGCUCCAGUCUUCGCCUGUUUACAAAGAGCCAAGCACUUCUCAGCCAGGCGUGCCACAGGGAAGCAGCAGUGGCAUAACUUGUGCAACAGGGAUGUGUUAGCUGCUCACAAAGCCCCACCACUUGGCCAAGCGAGUCUGGGAGGAGGAGAAGGCUGAGUGCCAGCCACUCUUCUAGCCAUGCCUGAGCAGCCACCCACUGAGGCACACUUCUUGCCUGAGGGGUGAGAUGGUGGCUGAAGAGGUUGCAUGCCAGCCACUCUCCAAGCUGUGCCUCCACCCUCCCUUCAAGACAUGCAUUUAGGCCUUGGAUGUAAUUGAAGCAGGAUAUUAGUAUGUUACAGAAAGGGUGCAGGGGUCAGAUUCAAGGGCAAGCUGGAACACCUCUCCAACUUUUCUGUUCUCCAACUGCAUGUUGGAGUCUUGCUGAGAGGGCCAGGGAUUGUAUCUCUGCAGUACUGAUUACUUUAUAAUCAUUAAAAGAAUUACAUUUACUUUAAAGGAAAUGGGGAGUUGAAACAGUUCCCAGGGUGUGCCUAUGUGGGAACCACAAGUGCGCAAUCUUGGGGUUCCACUGCAGAAGGAAGGUUGGGUUUAAGUGUCAGGAAAUAAAUAAAUUCUGCCAAUUAGACUGGCAGCUUCUGAGGCAGAUGUCUGUUAAAACUGCUUGGGUAGGAGAACUGCACAACUGAUUAUCACAUUCAGCUUGAGCUGGUAAAGGUAAUAUUUUGGUGUGAAGCUUGCUGCUGAUCUUCCUUUCUUUCUCUGUCUGUUUACAUUUGAGUAAACUCCAGCACUGCAUCUCGGAUGGGUGUUGUGCCUUUAAAUUUAUCGUUAACAGUCUUGAGUGCGUUCAGAGCGACAUAUAGAUCUUUCAGCCAAUUGGAACUGCAGAACAGUUUCUCUUCAUGGGAAAUACUUUGUCCCCCAACUUACUGACUUGGUUCAAUUAUUUAUCUUCUCCCUCCCACCCCCCGUGCCACUUUUCAGAGCAUCUGUCAUUCUUGCUGGGCUGGGAUUCAGUGCAAAGAUGCAGCAACAGACAACCAAGUAAGUGAUCUCUACCAGAGCUUGACUUUUUUCUGCUAUGAUCUGAGCUGUUGGGAGUCCUAGCUUUUCCUCCUUUCUACCUUAGCAGGUCAGGUGGUUUUUGUGGGUGAGGUGUACAUACCAGGUGAUGGAAAGCUUGGUAACCACUUGCUUCACAUUACAAUUUGGGCAGGGGAUGUGGGUAGAGAGACAAUAGAUUGAGCUGGGAUGCUUCUAGUUUCCACCUUGUAUUGUUGAGAACCGUAAGGCUGCCUGCUGUAUCUGUAGGCUGAUGGGUGCCCACCUGGCACAGGGAAUCUGAUGUAUGUUCCUUCUUUCCAGAGAGUUUUCAGGUGGUUGGAGAAUGAGGCUGGCUUUAGCUCGUGCCCUUUUUGCCAGGUAUGUCUUGUUGAUGUGCUGUGUUCUUGAAUGGUACAAACUCCUGGGCUGAGUGGGAAUUGACAACCCAGCAAAUCUAAGAGAUCUAAACAAAAACAGCUGAAGUUGGAUGGGAUAGUCAUUGUUGGCUUAUGCCAUCCCACGUUGUAAGAGAAAAUGCUUUCAAAACAACUUCAUAGUAGCCUUCAAACUGAGCCUUAAUAUUGAUUGUCUGCCUCUCUUUCUUGCUUUCUCCAUCCCUUUCUCCUUGUCCUGUUGGUUCUGGUGUUCUCAGGCCUGACCUCCUCCUGCUUGAUGGUAAGUAUUGUCUGGAGGCAAAUGGGGGAGAAGAAAGUGCAUACUACACAGUAUUCUCCAAAUGUGAAAUGCAAUGUUCCACGUGCUGCUACCCUCAAUAAACAGCGUUUCCAUGCGCUGCUCUGGUUUCGGUGUUCCGUUGCGCCAGAAGUGGCUUAGUCAUGCUGGCCACAUGACCCGAAAAAAACUGUCUGUGGACAAACGCCGGCUCCCUCGGCCUGUAAAGCUAGAUGAGCGCCGCAACCCCAGAGUCAUUCGCGACUGGACUUAACUGUCAGGGGUCCUUUACCUUUAGCUUUUUGACCCUCAACUGUUGGGGUUCCGUUGUUCAUUUCCAAGUUGAUCUUGCCAAAGUUUACAGUGGUAAACUUGCAGUGGUAAAUGAAGCAAACAGGUCGCCUCAAAAUGAUUGCUUGAAGCUAUGGUUUGAAGUUGGCUUUCUAACCAUAAUUUGAAGGCUAAAAGAGCAAGAUUGAAGGAAGAUCUAAAUUGAGUCCUGGUCCUCUUGCUCUGAAUUAAUCCAGUCCAGAGCAAGAGGACCAUGACACAAUUGAUCCAAUCCAGAUCAACUGGCACCAUGUUUCUGUUUGGUUCUGUGUUCUAAACAUACCGUAUUUUUCGCUCUAUAACACGCACCAGACCAUAACACGCACGUAGUUUUUAGAGGAGGAAAACAAGAAAAAAAAUAUUCUAAACGAAAUAGUGGAUAUAUGAUUUUUGUGGUUCAUGCUGUGGCCACAGACAUGUGAUCUGACAGUGAGUUUGGAGUAGCCCAAUGCAAAAAUCCUGAGGAUCCAUGUGGAUCCAUGCUUUGUAACCACGGAGGAGGGAAGGAAGGGGAACCAUGGAUCCUCUGCUCACGACUGCAGCAGAUCCCCCCCGCCACCUGCAGGCAUUCGCUCCAUAACACGCACAGACAUUUCCCCUUACUUUCUAGGAGGAAAAAAGUGAGUGUUAUGGUGCAAAAAAUACGGUAUAUUAAAAGUGUCCCUCCAUUUUAAUAAGCACUCAAAGUUUGUAAGUGGUGGUCUCUGUUGACCCAUAAAACAGGAGAAGACCAAAUUACUGUUUAGUCCAACUCUUUUCCAGCAAAGCACGUCCAUCUAUCCCCAGCAGAUCUACUUAAGUCCUCUGGGAUCUAACAGGUUGAUACAAAGACCCUCUUUUGGUCCUAGAAAUGUGUUUGGUAUUUUGGAAUUUCUAGGAGUUUGUUUGUUGUUGUUUUUUAGUUGUUCAGGUUCAGAGCUUUUGCAUUGUAUGCGGACACUUGCCAGUCCUAAGAGAGAUGUGUGACCCUUUGAAUUAUGGAUCUAGCACAGUUGCCUGUAAUCAGACCCAAAAUAUAAGUGAAACCUCUCUACCAAGUUCUCUCAAGGGAAAUUUAAUUGAUGGCACCUUCAGUUCAAUGGCGCAGCUAAUUUCCUACCAUCACUACUGUUGGUUAGCAGAUAUCCAGGAUGUUUUCUCCCCAGUUCUUGGGGUACUUAAGUUGCUUUCAUGGGGGACUGAACCCAGGAUGCUUAAUUGCACAGCAUAUGCUGUACCACAGAGUUACAUCAUCACUUUGUCGAAGAACUUCCCUCCUGUUUGGAGAAUGGGUGCUUUUUAAUUGAACUGCUAAGUCCCUUGCCAAAGAACCUGAUUUUUGUUCACUUCCAGAGCCGACCAACAUGUUGGACGUGAAGGCUAUCAUCUGGCUGGAGAACUAUUUGCAGGUCUGUUGGAAGCUAAAAGAAUAUUUUUCCAGAUUGUGCUUCUGGUUUGCUUUGGUUUGUUUCCCUUAGCAUUUUGAUGAAAGGUGGGAAGAGGCUAUGGUGAGAAAUAGGUUAGGUCCUCCUUGAUCUGUCUGAAAUUUCCACACUGCUGAGGUUGUCUCUUGGUUGCUGGCUCUUCCAGACAUGGCAGUCGACCAUCCUGGUCGUGUCCCACGACCGGAAUUUCCUGAACGCCGUGGCCACUGACAUCAUUCACCUCCACUCGCAGCGGCUUGACAGCUAUCGUGGCGAUUUUGAGAACUUUGUCAAGAUCAAAGAAGAGCGGUUGAAGAACCAGCAGCGCGAAUAUGAGGCUCAGCAACAGUAUCGAGAGCACAUCCAGGUAUGGUUCAGGGAGCAGAGCAGGGUUUAGGGAUAUAGCCUCACUGUGUGGGUCAAUAUUAAGAGCCUGUCAGAGGGAGGUCAUGUAGAUUCAUUUUGGACCCAUCUCCUGAGCUUAGGGUGGAGAUCCUAAAGCCAUCUAGAUAUUGCUAGACUCUCAGCCCCAUCCUCCCUGACCACUUCACAUUCUCUGGCUGAGGCUGAUGGACCACCACAGUUUCUGUCUCCAGUAAAAGUGAAAUUCUUUGACCUAUGUUGGCAUUGUGCAAAAUUGCUUUUCACAUAAUUUGUACUGUGGUUUCCAAAUUAUUUUGCGUAAUUUAUUCUGGAAUUCCAGGCCACGGGGAUAAGUAAGAAGCUGGAGGGUGAAUGAAGCCCCACCCACCCUUACCUACCGAAUUUGGCCACAUGCCUGUGACUUCUGAGAUUUCAGCAUACAGAUUUUCAAGCAUGCCUCUGCAGCCCUACGGAUUAGAAACUUGCUUUUAAAAAAGAAAGAAGCAUGAGAUUCUCAAGAGGCCAAAUCCUGUGCCCAGCACAAUUCUCUACCCUUUUUCUUUGCAUGUGGAAUUUCAGCAUUCAGUACGCAGUACUGCACUCAUACCUCGGUUUAGUGAAUUUAGGUGAGGGCUGUUAGUUUUCUCUGCACCUAAUCAAAUAAGGAGUGCACAGCAGAUUUAAUCAGUUCUUUUUUAUUAUUCAAAUAUUCACUAUAAAUCGUCUCCCCCCCCCCCUUUUAGCAUGUAAAUCAAUGCACAGUGAAUUGGUUAAAAUUCAUAUGGUGAAUCAGCUCACACAUUUUAAUCGGGUGACAGCCUAAAAUAAAUAGAAGAUCAUUGAUGAGAAAGAGAACGUCCUGUGUGCAAUGACUCCACUCUGAUAACCUCCACAUGUGUACAUUUUGUGUGAUUCUGCUUCAAAGAUUAGUUUCCCCUGCAAAGCAUUUGAAACCUUUUUUUGCAAGGUCUGGGGUCACAGAGGUGAGAUGUUGAGAACUGGGGUGAGAUGGAGGAAGACCACUGGAACCCAUUUCCACCCCGACUUGCCAAUGUUUCUGAGACUUCACUAGGUACGGCCCACAGGCUUACAAUCUUCUGUCUAAACUGGAAUGAGAAACAUGUGAGUGGGUUUUGAAUGAUAUGCCUAUGAGUACACAGAAUGUGCUCUGUUCCUCAGGUUCAACCCCCACUAUACCUGAGGACCCCCGUAUUACUUCAGUGGCACCUGCAAGAAAGCAAUAUGACCUACUUCUUAGGCCUCAUUGCAUUGCAGAGGGUGCCAUCCAGGGCAAUGCAUUUUUGAAAGUACAUCCUGAUUAAAAUCACCAGGAUGCACCUGUAGAAAUAAAAGUGGCUAGGGUCCACAAAUGAGCCAUGUUCUCAUGACUGAGACUCUGCAGGAGGCUUCUCCUACCUGAAAGACUCUGAUCUUCCCUUCUCUCUCUCUCUCUCUCUUUAAGGUCUUUAUUGAUAGAUUUCGCUAUAAUGCAAACCGAGCGUCUCAAGUGCAGAGCAAACUCAAACUUCUGGAGAAGCUGUGAGUAUCCACCACAGCUGGAUUGAGCAUUAUUUGUCAGGGGUGCACAAUCAUGUUGGCCCAUAUUUGCAUUGCACGGUUCUACCUGGAGAUAGACAACUGCCUUUAAACUUUGGGGUUGCAAAGAGUUUUGUUUUCUUAAGUUAUGGGGUGGCACAAAGAUGGUGUUAAUGAAUAAGUGAGUGAGUAAUUGUAGGCUCUGCAGAUUGCUGUUAGGGCAAGAAGGUAGUAUAAAAUAUUUAAAUAUAUAUCUAUAUAUCAAUAUCAAUAAGCAAAAUAAAUUGACUGGGGUGAUAACAGAGGCCUGGAAGUGCAGGGCCCACAAAGUCACCAAGAUAUCAAAGUUCCUUGGACAAAAUUUUCUUUUUGGAAUCUUUGCAAUUUGUAUAUAGAUUGGAAGCGUAAGAAUUCCCCAACCCCCAAAAAAUAUAUUACUGUGUUGAACUUAAUGAAUCCAGGCCAGCACUCCUGCCUUAUUAUAAACCAAGUGAGGUGAAUCUUUUGCUCUCCAAAUGUGCCAUCAUCCCUGGUCAUUGACCAUGCUUGCUAGGGCUAGUGGGAGUUGUAGUUCAACAACAUCAGGGGGGCCAAAGGUUCCCCACUCUUGUUAUUAACAGAGAAAACAGGUUGUUUCUGGAAAUCUACAGUGCUUUCCAAACUGAGUUAAGGCCCCAUGCUUUGCUGUCUUUGAACUCAUAGGCCAGCCUUGCCAGAUGUUACUGGGCCCCCAUCAGCCCCAGCCAGCAUAGUCAAUGGCCAGGGAUGACUGGAGUGAUCAUUCAACAACAUAUGGAGAGCACCAGGUUGAGCAAGGAUGGCUUAGAUGCGCUUGUCAAGUAGUUAGGAGAACUUUGACUUGAAGAGGAUGGGGGCGGGCUGCUUUCACUGAUUCCGGUGAGUCCGGAGUAGAGGAUGGCUCUUUCCAUGGAGGUGCUCUGGUGUGAGUGAGGCCUUCCCUGCUUCUAAAUUGCUGUGUCCUCUUUUGUUGCAAUGAGUCUGACCUUCUUUUGUCUCUUAGGCCAAAAUUGAAACCUGUGGACAAAGACUCUGAAGUGAUAAUGAAGUAAGUGGCUCUUCACAUAAAUGAGACAGCUGACUUUUGCAGAGGAGGGUGUAGGAGAGCUGAAAGCUCUCAGCCUCAUUAGCCAGAACCAUUCUUUUCUUGACCUUCUUGGUCUCGAUAAACUCCUCACUUCAUGACCACUAAGUCAAGAGUUGGUUGGUCUUGGAUACCUUUGUGCGUUUAAGAACUUCUUAGUCAGUGGAAAAUCAGCUGUUUUAGGAACUUGCCUGGGACAACAUACUGUGUUGCAUACUGCAAACGGAAAGUGAAGAGACCUGCCUUCCCCAACCUGGUGCCGCCUGCAGAUGUUUUGGACUACAACGCCCAUCGUUCCUAACCAGUGGCCAUGCUGGUUGGAGCUGAUGGGAAUUGGUGUCCACUGACAUUUGGAGAGCACAAGGUUGGAAAGGCUUCUCCAGACUUCAAAUCAAGUUGAAACCUGGUUGGGAUGCAAUACCAUAACAUAUGGGGAAGAUGUUCUCCUUCCUCUUGUUUUCCUGCUCCAGAAGAUCUCAUGUCCACAGAUUGGUUUGAGUUUCUCAUUUUGGUUCUUUAUUUUUUCGGGGGCUUCAGACUGAUUCAUACCUCAGGCACCUUCUGCAGAGGGUUCUGUGAAAGGGCUUUUUAAAAUGUGGCCUGGAUGCAAGUGUCUGGUAACAGGCUCUUUAGAGAGUGCAGAUUCUCUGCAUGGCAUUUCCUGUUCUGCACUUAGAAGCUCCUGCAGUGGACUUCCAUUGCCAAUGACCCAAUGACACAGUGUCUGGGUCUAUAGAGAAUUCAUCUUUUUCACACUGCUGUCUCGCAGAUAUAGAAUCAUAGAAUUGGAAGGGACACUUCCAUUUUUCUCAGAUGUUGUGGUGUGGUGGCUCGUGUUCCUGAUAUGGUCCCUGACCACUAAUGCUAUAACAGCCCUGAUGGCCUGAUGGCUAAAGAGAUGGAGCUAUAAACUGAGAAGUCUCCAGUUUGAAUCUUGUUCAGCAUGCCUCCACUCCCCACUGCAUCUGUUACAUGGUGGUAAUAAUACUGGCCUGCCUUAGGGAGUUAUUGUAUGGAUUGCAAUAAGAUUCUUUAUAAUGGUUUAUUCCUUGUAUGACAAUUUCCCAUCUAGGCCCUGACCUACUUGGCUUCAGCAAAUUGGAUGUAUUACAUGCCAUUAGACUGUACCUCUAAUAAUGUAUGAGAGGUGCUUUGAACACAGAAACCACUGUAAGUGCUAAGUAUUAGGGUCAGAAUAGCGCUAAGAAUUCAGUAAAAUCUUACAGAAGUGUUUUCCCUGCUGCCCACCACUCUGGUUUGUGCUAAUUCCUUUUGGUCUCAGUUUCCUUCUCUUUCCUGCAGGUUCCCAGAUGGCUUUGAGAAGUUUUCUCCUCCCAUCUUGCAACUGGAUGAAGUGGACUUUUACUAUGAGCCCAACAACUACAUCUUUCGCUCCCUCUCAGUCUCAGCCGACCUGGAGUCCCGCAUCUGUGUGGUAUGGAGAGGGGUUUUCUCUUUUGAUUAUCUCUAUUGAAGUUUUGAGCAGAGAAAUGACAAUUAAAAGAGAGGGUGACAUUUGAUUUCGCGUUAUGAUGAAUGUUCGAUCUGUGCAAGGGUUGCAGCUUGCCAGACAGAAUGAUCCCCUUUUCUUUUCUCUCCCUGCCUCACUUCCCGGCAUACUGUUCUAGAAGUUCUCUCUGCGUGCACGCGCGCACACACACCCACACACCCCUGAGCCAAUUCCCGGGGGUGUGCAGGAAAAGGAAAUGGGAGAAAGCCCCAUUGCAUACUUGCAUAGGGCUUCCGCUAAUAGGCAUUGUCAGGUGAAACCCUCCCAGAGUUCUGAAGGAUGUCCAUUCAUUUAUUCAUUCAUUGUUUCCUCUAGGUAGGGGAGAAUGGAGCUGGCAAGUCUACGAUGUUGAAGAUCAUGAUGGGAGACCUGGCACCUGUUGAAGGAAUUAGGCAUGCUCACAGGUAGCUUCAGCAAAAAUAAGGGGGCUUGAUAGUGUUAUGGGGUGAAUGGGUCAAACCACAGAAAGCGGAGUUGUGAAUACAACAUAGAUUCCUGCCAAGCAUUUGGGGUAUGUGCUUCUGUGUUGCUUUCUGUCUCCAGCAGAGCCUCAGUGAUAGUAUGAACUGCAAAACAUAGAUGCCGCAAAUUCUGAAAUGUGGAGCAUAGGGAUUUUGAAGCUUUUAUUAACAGGAGAAGCAACUUUCUCGUCCCUGUGGUGGGGGAGGAGCCUUUGGAAAUGUGGUGGAUAGUUCUUGAUAAGAACUCAAUACAUUUGAGGCGCUAUCAGAGCCCAAGAGUCCGAUUUGCUGUACUUGGCAAAGCUUCUCGUCAUCCACCUUAAACCCCUUUUCUCUUUAAUGUCUUGUAUGAUUCCUCCCUUUCAUUCAUUACAUUGACUCUUUAUUGGAAGAGAAAUAAAUCCAAAUGAUUUAGGAACUGGAGUGAUAUGUGGGAAUUAAUAUAUGAAACCUACUUUCCACUAACUAUUUCAGCAUACUAAUUCAAAUAGAUUCAGUAAGAGAUCAUUUGCCUUGGUCAUGGGGGGAAUUGUGGAAAAUGGAUCUCCUUUGGUAGCUGAAGGAAAAACAGUCCAUUUGUGCUUUUAUACUCUCUCCUCGGGGUCAGGCAGCAACAUUUUUGUACAUAGUGAAAGAAUGACAUUGUUCCUUCACUUAGGUGGUUUCAGAAAUGGGAGGUUGUUGCUGCAUAAUUGCUUCCUGUAAUAACACAUUCUCUCCUCGCUCUGGCUUGGCAGGAACCUUAAGAUUGGCUAUUUUAGCCAGCACCAUGUGGAUCAGCUGGAUCUCAACAUCAGUGCCACAGAGCUACUAGCAAAGAAAUUUCCAGGUAAGCUGUAGGGAUUCCUGUGGAGUUAGUUGGUGACACAUGACAAAAAUAAGGAUGGGUGCAAUAUAGCCAGAUUUGGGAGAAAAGAAAUAUACCUUCCUGGCCUUCAGCUAUCCAGCCUCUAGGAAAACUUAUGCUUUAUUGGUGAUCUACAAGCAGUUCAUCCUCCCCACCCCAAUAUUUCAAAAAGACACAUAUAUGUGCUUUAUACUAUAUCUAGCUUGAGUUAGGAGCUUACUCUCUCUCUUCGUUCAAGUGCAUAUUGUGUAACUCACCAGAUCAGGAAGCCCCAAGUGUCAUCUGUUGCCAGAUAGUUUCCAAACCCAAUUCAAGGUGCUCACAUUAGCAUUUAAAGCCCUAUGUGACUUGAGCCCCAAAUUACUGAAAUAUAUCCUCCUCCUCUGCAGAUCCACUCUAGGGUUAAGAUCAGCAAGGGGGGUGGUCUUGGUAGUUCCAUUUCCCCAGCCACUCUGUGCGGCUUCCAACAGAAUAUAGAAACAUAAUAAAAUGUAGUUUCUAUGUCAGGCAGAAACACUCCUCUACCCUGACCUUUGAGACCCAAGGUCCAUGUUUUCAGGACCUUAUUCCUGUGACAAAUUUGUUUUGAACUGUUUUUAAUAUUGAAAUUGUUGGAACCUGCCCUGGGCCCUGAUGUUCAAGUGCAGGCAAUAGACUGAAUUAAUAAUAACAAAUAACAAGAAUAUUUUCCCCACUGUCCUCCUGAGGUCAGCCACUCAAGAAUCCACUUCGCUCUGUAACCAAAAGACACUGUCAAGCUAACCUGCCAUCCUUAUCCAAGUAAUCUGGGGCCUCUUUUUAGCUGUCAACUCCAGUAAAAGCAUGGUUCUUUCUGUGAAUUUGUGUGCCUUGAAUGCCACGCCACUCCUCUAAUCCAGUGCUAAAAUCAGUGUGUUACUAGGCUACCGUAGUCUCACCAAUCCUGGCAGAGCAGCAGUGCUGUGGUCUUAAGAAUAUAAGAAGCCUGCUGAGUAGGGUCAUCUAGUUCAGCAACCUGCUUUUCACUGUGUCCAACCAGAUGCCUCUGGGUGGGAGACCCAUAAGCAGGCCUUCUUCUGUAGCUGCUCCCUAGCAAUGGGUACUCAUUAGCGUUGAGAGGAUCUGUUCAGCUAACAUGCUGGUAAGUGGCAGCUGCUUCAUGAAUUUUGACACCUUUCGGUAUUUGGGUUCCAGGAAAGACAGAGGAGGAGUACCGCCAUCAGCUGGGGUGCUAUGGAGUCUCUGGCGAGUUAGCAGUUCGUCCUGUUGCCAGCCUGUCUGGAGGCCAGAAAAGCAGAGUGGCUUUUGCUCAGAUGACCAUGCCUUGGUAACUAUGCUCAGAUGAGUAUGCCCCCCCACCACACCUCUGUUUUCUUUUAUAAUGACCUCAAUCAUUGCACAGGAAGGAAGUGCCUUUGUGGCUCGCUUCAGGGAUUUCCAACCCAGUGCUACAUUCAUUGCUUUUUCCUUUUCCUUCCAGCCCCAACUUCUACAUUCUGGAUGAGCCGACGAACCACCUUGACAUGGAGACCAUUGAGGCCCUGGCCAAAGCGCUCAACAAUUUCCGGGUAAAUCUUCCUCCAAGUAGCUGUUUAGUCUUUGUGCAGAAACUGACUUCCUGUCCAGCCGUGCUGCUGGGGACUGAUGGGAGUUGUAGUCCAAAACAUCUGGUUGGCAAAGGCUGUUUUACGCCAUUUAAUUGCACUAUGAACAGAGCUGAGCAGCUUUGCUGCCCUGUUCCUCGGCAAUAAGGGAGACUCUUUUUAUUACAACUAUAUCCCACAUUUCAGCCAAAACUGGCUCUCCAAAAAGGAGCUUGCAAGAUUUAAAAUAUGUUGCAAAAUCUGCAGAGAUAGCAGGAGCCCCAGGUUAGCACCUGAAGCUAGCAGAAUGGCUGGGAGAACUGAGGCUGGUACGGCAUGCUUUAAGUCUGAAGUUUCUUUGUCCUUCUUGUUCCAGGGUGGUCUGAUUCUCGUUUCCCAUGACGAGCGUUUCAUCCGGUUGGUGUGCCAGGAGCUGUGGGUGUGUGGGAAUGGCACUGUGCAGCGCAUUGAGGGAGGCUUUGACGAGUACAGAGACAUCCUGCAAGAGCAGUUUCGGAAGGAGGGCUUUCUAUAAAGCAGGUGCCCAGACUGUGUGCGUCAGCUGUUUGGGAGCGGAGUAAGCCGCCCAGCAACCCCCAUCAUAACCUGAUGGUACAGCAGGGGCUUCGCCUACAUCAUGUGAACAUUAGCUGUGCCUGUUGGGUUAACCCUUCCAACACCCCACCCCGCCCCAGAAGCCAGCACCUGCUGGGGAUUGCAGGAGGAGAAAAGCGACCAGAGUUGCCCGUUUUGCUGCUGGAUCUGUGCCAAGUCUCUGCUGGGCAGGGACCAAAGGAUGGCAGAGAGAGAGGUGGGGAGUGCCCAGUGCUGCUUUAUUGGACAGGAGGAGGGGAGGUACCUGCUGCAAGCAAUCCCUUCUCUCUCUCCACCUGUCUCCUUGGUAGAAUUGAACCUGAUGUUCAGUGAUGCAAUCAGGUGGUUUGUGCGUGUGUAAAAUGCUGCUAAAUGUUGCACAUUGAGUAGCUGCUCAAGGAAAAAGGGUGGAACUCCAAACUUGCCAUAGAAAUGGGGGGGGGUCUUCCUUCUCCCCCCACCAUUCCGCAGUAAAGAGGUCCUGCCUCUUCUUCUAACUGUCAAACACACAAUUCAGAUCCUCUUAGGAAAGCAUUUCUCUCUUCAUGGCUUAGCCUUCAGUUCCCCUUUCUAUCCUGUGCAGGUGAUGCUUUUGUAGGGUGGAAGGCAGGGAGGGGGGUUGUCUCUCCUCCCCGUCUUCACUCUGGGCUGCGAUCUUGGAAAUAAGGCGAGAGUUCUUCUGGGGUGGAAACACAACAGUUGACCCCACUGUCUGCCAGAAGGUGGUUGGUGGUCUUGGCAGUCCUGUUGUUGGGGCUUUAGUAUAAGCCAGCCUUUGCCAAGCUGGUGCCCUGCAGAUGUUUUGGACUACAAUCCUGGCUAUAUUCCCAAAACUUAUGCUGGGCACUAGAUUGGCAAAUGGUAGGUAAGCUGCUCAAAUGAAUGGUCCACACACCUGUCCGGUCUCUGAGCUUCUAACGGUCUAAACUCCAUGCAGGACUUCUGUUCUGUCCCAGCUAACACACCGUGUCUUGGUAAUUUAAAAAAAAAGAUUUUUUUAUGUUGCAAGGUAAAUUUUCAACGCCCUGAUCAUCAGCAUUGAGGUUGCUCUGUAAAUAAAAUGGGAUCUCUCUGGCA